UUUUUUGCCAAGCUGUACACAUCGAUUGGAACACCCGAUUGCAAACCAAACUGCUCAUUUUUCGCUGAACCCUGUCACGUGCAAUUCUGUGGUUUAUUCCGUAAUCGAUCAAUGAAAUGCAAUUUCGAGCAUUUUUGAUAAAUAUUUCUCUGUGUUUAUCGAGAAGAAAUUUCCGAUCGAUUAAUAUUGAGAGUGUUUUAUAUGUGUGAACAAAAAUGAAUCAUCUGUCUACAGCUGUUUUCAGUCCAUCUCAUAUUUAAUCCGGGAUGUUGGAGCCAACGGUGCAGGCGUUGACCACUAGAGUGGUUUUAGCAAGCGGAUCACCGAGACGGCAUGAGAUAAUUAAAAAUUUGGGAAUUAACGCUGAGUGCAUUCCUUCAACUUACGAUGAAAAUCUGGAUCGAGCGAGGUAUAAAACUCACGGAGAAUACGUCCAGGACCUGGCUUAUUACAAAGUCCAAGAGGUGUUCCAACGGCUGAAAAAUGAUCAGAAGUCGCCAGAGUUAAUCAUCGGGGCGGACACGAUCGUCACAAUGGGUGAGACGAUCUACGGAAAACCAAAGGAUAAAGCUGAUGCAUUUAGGAUACUGAAUAAUUUAAAAAACAAAGAGCACGAAGUAUUUUCAGGGGUUUGUUUGAAAACCAGAAAUAAAGAAGUUAAAUUCUUCGAGAGCACGAAAGUCACCUUCGGAGACGUCUCCGAGGAGCAGAUCAGGGCCUACAUAGCGACCGGUGAACCAAUGGACAAAGCAGGUGGCUAUGGGAUUCAGGGAAUAGGAGGCUGUCUGAUAAAGAAAAUCAACGGCGAUUAUUACACAUUUUUAGACACGUUAUGUUUUCGUCGGGGCAAAGUGGGUUUAUGGGCAGUGAACUCUAUCCGAAAUGUUUAUGGCUAUCCAGCAAGACUACGUUCAACUCUCGACAUCGUCCGACGAUCGAGUAUUCACAAAAGCGUACAUUCUCGAUGGCGAAAAGCAUCACUCAAAUUUGUUGAUGGGCGAUCCCUUGGGGCUCUGAACACUUAAAAAAACCUCAUCAUUGAUCUACCAACACGCUUUAUUCCAUUACAAUCCAUUCACAAUCACAACAACUCGCAAAAAAGCGAAAGAAAUUGAUAAAAAAUAACAGAAUAUUGAAAUUUGCUACAGUAAAAUCAGCGAAGUGGUAAAAGAAUAAUUCAGGGUGAUUUUUAUUUUUCGUUUUAUCUAUCCUAUUAACCCUUCUACUGCCGGGCGAAACAGUGGUGCCUAUUUCGCAAGUACAGCUGGAGCCGAUAUAACGGCUCCAGGCACUAAAAGGGUUAAGGAGUGGUUAAAAAAAAUCAAGAAAUUUAUCGUUUCUUGUUAUUACCUUCCUUCACCAAGAAAAAACUAAUCGUAAAAUACGAGAUUUUUCAACACGUAAAUUGCGAUUUUGAAAACGUGAAUUACUAUUUGUACGAACGUAAAUUACGAGGAUGACCUCGUGGUUUACGCUGCUUCUUCCGUAAUUUACGAGAUCUCACAAUCAACCAGCUGAUCGAUCAAAGAUUCAGAGAGAAAUUUUUGAAAAAAUGUCUUGAAAAGGUGAGUCCAGAUGAUUCAGAAUCAUUUGAAACGUAACGAGUUCGUACCGCCAGAAAUUUUUUUUUUCGAUUACAUUUACAAUCUUAUCAAACAAGGAUGUUACGUGAUUGAGAUCUCGUAAAUUACGGAAAAAGAACCGUAAAUCACGAGAUUGGACUUCGUAAUUAACGUUUUUCCAAAUCGUGAUUUACGUAUUCAAAAUCGUACUUUACAAGUUUAAAAUCAUAAUUUUCGUGUUUACUGAUAUGGUAUUUUAUGAUUACUUUUGUCUGUGUGGUAAAGUUUCUAAGGACGUACGGAAUCUCCGACAGCCUAGGAAAAUUAUAACGUAAAUAAUUUCUGAAAUUAUCAUUUAGACAUAAGCUUAAAUGAAAUGGCGAUAGUUCCUGACUUUUUUGUAUUGCCGAUAAAUCGACAUUUUGGAGGAAACAUUAGGAUUAUCAAUAUCCGAUUCAACCUUAUGCAUAAGCGAGCACUUUAAAAAUUACCUCAACUACUAUGGUUCUCCUAGGCUUUCUGAUAUUUAUUCCACGAUUUUUUGAUACACUAAACAACCUAUUUUGCAAAAAAUAAUCAAUAUUUUGACUUUUUCAAAAAAUGACGCCUUUGUUUUUUUUUUCAUUUACAAAGUCACCCAAUUUUCAAUUGAUUUUCGGGACUAGGGGGUUCCCAAAAACCUCAGAGAUAUAUAUUUUAACUAGAAAAAAUAGGGAAUAUUUCCAAAGAGCCUUUUUAAUAAAUAUUGAGGAAUAAGUGAAUAGAGUCAGAAAUUGCAGAGGAAAAAAAUUCUUUUCGACAACUAUCCAUUUACUUAAGAGAACUAUUCAUUGUUCACAAAUUAUAUUUCUUAGAGGCAGUCAUUCUCAGAGGAUUAAUUAGAGUUCAAUGAUGACAAUCCUAUUGCUCUUGAGUAUGGCUAGGCUGCCCAGAACUAUAAUGAAAUCCGUUAAUGAUUUUUCACUUCUGUAAAUUUCCAAUUUUGUGGAGGGAAGAAUUUCGAGGAAUUGUUUAAUGCUCAUGAUUAUUGAAAUAGUUCACUCAAGGUUAUUCCUAAUAUGAUUAUGUUCUAGAAAAAUCUAAUUAACCUGAUUAAAACCUAAUGAGUACCGCUAUUGUAACGGAUUCACUGAAGAAGAAUGUUAUUAAAAAAUAAAUCGUUGUCUGAAGUAAAUGAA